UAUGAUUGUGGGUGUCUCUUCAUAUUUUCUUGGUUUUUUUGCCAGGUUGCAAUAAAGAUUAUUGACAAGUCUCAACUGGACGCUGUGAAUUUAGAGAAGAUCUACCGAGAAGUUCAGAUCAUGAAGAUGCUGAAUCAUCCGCACAUUAUCAAGCUCUACCAGGUAAUGGAGACAAAAAACAUGCUGUACCUUGUAACGGAGUACGCCAAGAACGGGGAGAUUUUUGAUUACCUGGCCACCCACGGGAGGCUGAGUGAACCGGAAGCACGCUGCAAGUUCUGGCAGAUCCUGUGUGCGGUGGAGUACUGUCACAACAGCAGCAUCGUGCACCGUGACCUCAAGGCAGAGAACCUGCUUCUGGACGGACACAUGAACAUCAAGAUAGCCGAUUUUGGCUUUGGUAAUUUCUUUGAAGCCGGGGAGCCCCUGGCCACGUGGUGUGGGAGCCCCCCCUACGCAGCCCCGGAGGUGUUUGAGGGGCAGCAGUACGAGGGUCCGCAGCUCGAUAUCUGGAGUCUGGGGGUGGUCCUGUAUGUGCUGGUGUGUGGAGCCCUGCCCUUCGAUGGGCCCUCCCUGCCUGUACUGAGGAGGAGGGUCCUGGAGGGCCGCUUCAGGAUUCCCUACUUCAUGUCUGAAGACUGCGAGCAUCUGAUCCGGAGGAUGCUGGUUCUGGACCCUUCCAAGCGACUGACCAUCGCUCAGAUCAAGGAACACAAGUGGAUGCUGCUGGAGGUGCCAGUGCAGCGGCCCGUGCUCUACCAGCAGGGGGCGCUAGAGGAGAGCGAGUCCAGGAUGGGCGAGUACAACGAACAAGUACUGCGACUCAUG